AUGGCAUACUUCGGAAGAGUUGGAGGGAGUAGCUGUGAGAGAGAUAGGUCAAGUAAUUGGAGGCUGACAAAAGAUCAAGAAGCGAGGCGAUGCCGUGGAAAUAGUGGUUAUAUGGUUUUAGCUAUGGCUAGGCAGUUCAUUUCUCUUUCCGAUCGGUAUUAUUUAAAAGGGAAAGAAUCGGGGACCCGGCUCCAGCCAUCCCUCAUACUCACCGGUGCCGCUAUUCCUCAUGUCAUCUGGGGUCAGGACGCAGUACAUUACAGCCUUGGUGGUGCAUUCAUCUUCCGUGAAAAGCUGGACUUACAAAUCCUCCUUCCGCCCUCAAGGAUCCAAGAAGCCGUAAAGUUACUGGCUCCAUCGUAUUCUCCCAUGAGCUGCGAGGAGAUUGAUGGUGAGAAGAGAGCGCUUACUGCCUCCAAAAAGGGUAUCUGUAUUGUCGACUACACACUCGCAUUUCGUGACCGUCCGGACGACUUUGCGCGGCUCAAAGCAUUGCAACGGGGUACCAAGUCUGAUCCCUAUCGCGUUCUUCUCAUAUCCAACACGAUAUUCAACUAUAAUCUCGACGACAUCGUUCAAGUAUCGCUCCCGCUCUGCCCGGACCUCCCGUUCCCAUCGGUACCAGCGUUAGUCCAUCUCAUGCCCAUUCACAUACAAAAAUGGAUCGAUGCAGGUUAUUCUCCUCAAAGCUGGGCCUUCAUCGAAAUAUGCCAGUAUAUGUUGGAAAGCGCUAUCAAUGACUCUUUUUGCGAAGAGGUGGAAGAAGAGUAUCACGACGCUGACGACUUGCCAACGAGGCUGAAGGAGAUGAUAGUUUGUCUUGAUGAGCGCGAGAAGGGUUGGGUGUAUGAUUACUUUCUUCUGGAUGGGGAGUCUGAUGGGGAGUCUGACGACGAGGCCAUUUGGGAUACAAUCUUUCCUCCUUCGGUUGCGAAGACCGACUCCCAUGGUAAGUAG